AUGAUGAAAAUAAGUUUGUGCAUUUUAGCAACACUUGCUUUUCAUCUUUCAAUCGAUCAUUGUCAAGCUCAGAGCAGUUUUGAACCGAAGGAAAAUCGAACUGAUGCGAUGUUCUUCAAGAAAAAUCGAACGUCGAACCAUUGGGCUGAUCGUUUAAUUCGCAAUCGUCGUCAACAAAACAGUUUCGAUACAAUCGAUACGGCCUCAACAGUUCUCUCUAUUCUUCCGUUAGAUCGUCUCGGUACUAUCGUUGGACAGAUCAUGUCCACUGAAAAUCAAGCGCCACUAUUACUAACCUCAUUGUUUACCAAUCUCUACAGUACUCUCCGUGUUCCAGUGCGACCAACAUCAUCAAAUCUUACAACAUCAUCCAUAUCAUUGAAUAACAAUGGUGUUAAGCAACUGAGUAAUACCUCAGCAUCUGAAAUUAUCAAUGCUAUUCGCCGUCCAAAUACCAAAUGA